AUGGCUGGAGAUUUCAUAAUUGCUGUUGCCUCCAUGCUGCUUGGAAGAACAGAAAAUAAUGAUGUAGUCAUAUCUAUGAGCCAGGUAGCACUUCUUGCAGGAGCAGAUGAUCAACUUGUCGAAAUAGCUUACCAGUAUGGAAGAAAUAUUGGUCUUGCUUUUCAGUUGGUUGAUGAUUUGUUAGAUUUUGUUUCAUCCUCAGACACAAUGGGAAAGCCAACUGCAGCAGACUUAAAAUUAGGACUGGCAACAGCACCAUACCCAGAGUUGAAUCCAAUGAUAAUGCGUCGGUUUCAAGAACCAGGAGAUGUAGAAAAAGCUUUCGAUUUGGUUCAUAAGUCUCAAGGAUUGGAACAAACACAAUUUCUCGCCAAGAAGCACUGCCUUGAGGCUGUAAGGCUUGCCAACUCAAUAGUCGAGUCGGAUUAUCAAAAAGCUUUGAUCAUAGUUUCCGAUUUGGUCAUAAACAGAAUGAAGUAG